AUGUUCGACUAUGACAAACACUCCACUCCAAGAGACAAAUCCUCUCCAAUCUCGUUGACCGAGUUGUCCAGGAAUAUGAAGGAGGUGUCUCAGAUGCCCCGUUUGUCUCCGGGCUUAAUUUCCACUCCAACCACGGCGCAAUUUCUUUUGUCUCCAGACGGUCCGGAAAAUUACACCCAUUACACCCACCAACAUCGGAACUCAGUGUCCUCGCUGACCUCUUCUGUUUUGAACCCAACUCCUGGCUCGCUGACCCAUGGCGUGAGCGGAAGUAGCACCACGGUCUCUGAUAUGUAUGGGGCGGCCCAGACCGCCACAGCGGAGCCUCUCACUCCUCCCGACUACUUUACUAUGCGUCCUGGCGUUAGAGACUCCCACUCGCGCACUAGUUCUUUCUCAAAUUCGAUUUGGAAUCAGACCCCAAACUUGAAACUUUACUCACCUUGGGCUGGUGCUGCAGCCAAUAUUUCUGAGCUGGACAUCCUGGCUGUGAACUCCAACCACACCGGGUCCUCUGAAGAUGUGCUGCCUUUACAGAAACAAACGAGAAAUAGAUUCAUGUCGUUACAGGGUCCGGCCCCAACAAACGUGCAGGUUUUGGAGAAACAGUUGCAGAACUUGACAGUUGCUCCUGCCCAGCCUGUCCAGGCAGCUCCCAGAAAGUCCAACAUCACUCACAACACCGUAUUGGAUGAAACCACGGACGUGCUGGCGCUGUCCAAAGACCAAUACGGUUGUCGGUUCUUGCAAAAGAAGAUCGAUGAGGAUUUCACCAGAAACCACUCCUUGAUCUUUAAUGGAGUUUAUCUCCAUUCGGCAGAGCUGAUGAUGGAUCCAUUCGGAAAUUACUUGAUACAGAAGCUGAUCCUCAACGCGAGCGUUGCGGAGCUUCGUCUGAUUCUGACUAACAUCGCGCCUCUUAUUGAUACCAUCUGCCGGAACCAGCAUGGCACUCGCGCUUGUCAAAAGCUUAUUGAUUGUCUUUCCACAAACGCCCAUUACAAACUUCUACAGAAGGCCAUGGCUCCGCACAUUGUUGGCCUUAUUCAAGAUUUGAACGGCAACCAUGUGGUGCAGAAAUGUGUUGCCAAAUUCCAGAACGACAACCUGCAAUUUAUUAUUGAGGCUAUCUGCAGCAGCAUUGUCAGAAUCUCCACCCACAAACACGGCUGCUGCGUUUUACAGAAACUGCUAAACAAGUGCAACAGACAGCAGGUUUUGCAAUUGGGCCACGAGAUUGUGGCCAAUUCGUACCAAUUGAUGCAAGACCAGUUUGGAAACUAUGUGGUUCAAUUUUUAGUGUCGUUGGAUAUCCAGCCAUUGAGCUGCGAACUGAUCAAGAUAAUCAUUCCGUUCAUCUGUGAUCUAUCAACUCAGAAGUUCUCCUCCAAUGUGGUGGAGAAAUGUCUAAAGAUCAGAUUGGAUCGGGGCCCAAACCCAUUGCUUGACACACUGUUGCAACCGCCAGUCUUGGCUGUAUUGAUAAAAGAUCAGUUUGGAAAUUACGUUGUUCAAACUGCAAUGGACAUUUCUCCAACAGAUUAUAAACUACGCUUUGCUCUGGCAAUUAAACCCAUGCUGCCUUUGGUGAGAUAUGCUUCGUUCGGUAAACGGAUCCACAACAAAGUGACAAACAUAUUAAACGAGACAGAGAAACAGGCUCUGCAGGAUCAGUUACUACCACCUAUCGAUUUGCAACCUUUGACACUGAACGAUGCAGAGAGAUUUUUAUGA